GGAGCAGUGUAUUUAUUCAUUCUUCUUUUUUUACUGUUACUCUGUUUUAUAUCCCACUGGUUCUGUUUCACAUUAUUUUAUACACUUCUUUCUCUUCUUUACCAUGCCUAUGUUUGUCUAUAAAAGAGACGGUCGACAAGAACAAGUCGCUUUUGAUAAGAUCACUGCAAGAAUCAACAAACUUUGCUAUGGAUUGGAUACCAACUUUGUUGAUCCUGUGGCCAUUACUCAAAAGGUCAUUUCUGGUGUCUAUCAAGGUGUCACUACUGUUGAACUGGAUAACCUUGCUGCUGAAACUGCUGCUUAUAUGACUACAACUCAUCCUGAUUAUGCUAUCUUGGCUGCUCGAAUCGCUGUUUCCAAUUUACACAAGGAAACCAAGAAGGUCUUUUCUCAAGUGGUCGAAGAUCUCUAUACCUAUGUGAAUCCCAAAACUAAUAAAUUAUCUCCUAUGAUUUCCGAAAAGACAUAUCAAAUUGUUAUGAAGAAUGCUGACCGUCUAAACUCUGCUAUUAUCUACGAUCGUGAUUUUGGUUAUAACUUUUUUGGCUUCAAGACUCUGGAACGUUCUUACCUUUUGAAAAUCAAUGGCAAAGUGGCUGAACGUCCUCAACAUUUGAUUAUGCGUGUCGCUGUUGGCAUCCAUGGCGAAGAUAUCGAUUCUGCUAUCGAAACCUACAACUUGAUGUCCGAAAAAUACUUUACUCAUGCUAGUCCUACCUUAUUCAAUGCUGGUACUCCUCGUCCACAAAUGUCCUCAUGUUUCUUGCUCACCAUGAAGGAAGAUUCUAUUGAAGGUAUUUAUGAAACUCUCAAGGUUUGUGCUCAAAUUUCCAAAACUGCUGGUGGUAUUGGUCUUAACAUUCACAACAUCCGUGCAACUGAUUCUUACAUUGCUGGUACAAAUGGUUAUUCCAAUGGUAUUCUCCCUAUGCUUCGUGUGUUCAAUAAUACUGCUCGUUAUGUCGAUCAAGGUGGUAAUAAACGUCCUGGUGCCUUUGCCAUGUAUCUUGAACCUUGGCAUCCUGAUAUCUUUACCUUUCUGGAUCUUCGUAAGAAUGUUGGAAAGGAUGAAAUUCGUGCUCGUGAUCUCUUUUAUGCUCUCUGGAUUCCCGAUCUUUUUAUGAAGCGUGUGGAAGAAAAUGGUGAUUGGUCAUUAUUUUGUCCUAGUGAAGCUCCUGGCUUGCAAGAUGUCUGGGGUGAAGAAUUCGAAGCUCUUUAUGCAAAAUAUGAAAGUGAAGGUCGUGCUCGUCGUACAUUGAAGGCACAAAAAUUAUGGUAUGCUAUUUUGGAAGCUCAAACGGAAACUGGUAACCCCUUCAUGCUUUACAAGGAUGCUUGCAAUCGUAAGUCAAAUCAGCAAAAUUUGGGAACAAUCAAAUGCAGCAAUCUCUGUACCGAAAUUGUGGAAUAUUCAAGUCCUGAUGAAGUAGCCGUAUGCAAUCUAGCCAGUAUUGCUUUACCUUCAUUUGUGGUAAACCGUGAAUAUUAUGAUUUCAAGAAAUUACACCAAGUUACCAAGGUAAUUGCCAAGAACUUGAACAAAAUCAUUGAUAUCAACUAUUAUCCUGUGGUGGAAGCUGAGCGAUCCAACAAACGUCAUCGUCCUAUUGGUUUGGGUGUACAAGGUUUGGCGGAUACAUUUAUGCUGAUGCGUUAUCCUUUUGAAUCAGAUGAGGCCAAGAAACUUAAUAAACAAAUCUUUGAAACGAUCUACUAUGCUGCUUUAGAAGCAUCUAUGGAAUUGGCUCAAGUAGAAGGUCCUUAUGAAACUUAUGAAGGAAGUCCAGUGUCUAAGGGUCAAUUGCAAUACGAUAUGUGGGGAGUGACACCUUCGUCUUUAUGGGAUUGGGCAGCUUUGAAGGAAAAAAUUAGUCAACAUGGUAUUCGAAAUUCUUUAUUGGUGGCCCCCAUGCCAACAGCAUCUACAUCUCAAAUUCUAGGUUUCAACGAAUGUUUUGAACCAUACACAUCCAAUUUAUACACUCGUCGAGUACUUGCUGGUGAAUUCCAAAUUGUAAAUCCUUGGUUAUUGAAGGAUCUAGUAGAACUCGGUAUUUGGGACGAAGAAGUUAAGAAUCAAAUCAUGUCAGAUAGUGGCUCGGUACAAAACAUCCACAAGAUUCCUACUCAUCUCAAGGCAAUGUACAAAACAGUAUGGGAAAUUUCGCAACGAACUUUGAUUGAUAUGGCGGCAGAUCGUGGUGCUUUCAUUGAUCAAAGUCAAAGUUUGAAUGUAUUUAUUGGUGAACCUAACUUUGGCAAAUUGACAAGUAUGCACUUUUAUGGUUGGAAGAAGGGACUCAAGACUGGUAUGUAUUAUCUCCGUACUCGACCUGCUGUGGAUGCCAUCAAAUUUACUGUCGAUCAACUUUCUCUCAAAGAUUACAAAGCUCUCAAACAAAGGGAAGAAAACGAAGCUGAUAUGGUUUGUUCUUUGGAUAACAAGGAUGCUUGUAUCAGUUGUAGUGGAUAGAUAGAUCAUAAUAGUAUAUUUCCCUUUCUCUUCAUCUUUUAUUGUUUUGAUUAUUACUUUUUUUUUUUGUUUAUACAUAU